CUAUUGAAAGCCACAAUGAGACCAACUUCUGCAUUAAGAGUGGCCGCGGGUGGUGGGGGUGGGGGCAUGGAGGCGGCGGUGACCGGACGGCGGAGAACGACGACACACGCCGAAGAGGAGGAGGCGGAAGAGGAGGAAGAGGAGGAUGGCGAAGAGGAGGAAGAAGAGGACGCUCUGGUCACCGCCAAUGCAGCUGCAGCCAUCUCGCACCCAGCCAUCGCGCCGUUUCGCUAUCUUAUCAACGAACAGGCCAAAUCGUUCGUCGUCCUUCAGGAGCUGCAGAAUGAAGUGGGUGCGCUGUUGGAGUUCAGAGAUCUGGUCAUGGAGACGUUUCCUCACCUUCGCCAGAACGGGGGCCCUCGUGUGACAGCAGUGGGGGGUGGCCAGGGGGGUGGCAAGCACUGGGAGCCGGGCGUGCGUGUAAAACGCAAACUGCACCAGCUGCACAGUCGCAGCGACCAGACGCAGCACGACUCGCAUGACCUCGCAGCCCCGCGCAGUCGCAGCAACAGUCACGGCAAGGGUGGUGGAAGCGCAGUGAAGAGCGGUAGUGGCAGCGGCAUCAAUGAGGCGGCAGCGAACAGCGGCACGAGUUCGGCGGGAAGUAGCGCAGUGCAGGACUCUGGCUUCUGCGCAGACAGCAGCAAGGAGCACUGCUCGACGUCGGCGGCGUCACGGGGCAAGGAGGCUGAAGCCGACGAUGAACUGUGGAACCUGCUGGACAUGAUCCACGUGAAGGGCACGCGGCUGCGGCUGCAGGUCGAGCAUCUGCAGCACAAGCUCGACGAGCGUGAGCGAGUGUCGGCCUCGGUCUCACCUGGCUUCAGGCGGCGCUCGAGAAGUCUCGAGUACGUCUCUAGCAAAACCACUGCCGCCGCGGCUGAACAUCAUCUGCAUCAGCAGGCGGGGUUGCGGUUGUCGGUGGAGAGUGAGAUGCGCGCGCUGAAGCAGGAGCGAGACGAGCUGCUGGAGAGGCUGGCGGACAUGGAGGCCGAGAAGCGUCGUCACUUGCAGCUGCGUGCAGCCACCGCCACAGCCACAGUCGACCACCUCAAACAGGAGGACGGCUUUCGGAUCGACCGGCUGCAGGCCGAGCAGCGACAGCUGCGUGCACCUACUCCCACGGUCGACCACCUCAGACCGGAAGACGGCUUUCGGAUCCAGGCCACGGCUGACCAUCUCAAGCAGGAGGAUGGCUUUCGGAUUCACCGGCGGCCGGACUUCCUGACUACACCACCCCGGCUCCACCGCACCCCCGUCCGCCUCGGCACCCUUGACGGCAUCGUCAGCUCACCCUCGCCACGCAUCAAGGGCGCCCGCGGCGUCACGCUCGACAAAAACAAGACUGCUGCCAUACUGGCCGAGUUCAACCCGCAUGAACUGCAGAGGCAUCUACUAUUUACUACCUUCCAGUACCAGAUUGCAAACUCUCGAAUAGAAAGGUUAUCCCGAUCGUACGUAGAUAUCCACCACCAAGUAGAAAAAUUCAAAGAAGAAAAUGAUGAUCUUAGGUUCCAGUUGGAAGAGAAGAGUAUAGAAUUGGAAGGAACGAGAGCGCGAAUCCGACUGCUUGAGCGACUGCAGAGUGCCAAGUUUGCAGCGACAGACAGCAGUGUUGUCGUGGGAGGGGGGGAAACACUGAGCAAUACACCGACGCCAAACCUGAUGCUGGCAGAGGUGAACACAGCAGCAGCAGGUGACUGCGAGCCGAAUGCCCACCACUCGAGCAGCACAGAAUCGGCGCACGAGGACGCCGCGAGACUGGAGUCGCCCAAGAAGCGGCCGCCCAGCAAGAUCCCGCUCAAGUCGUACACGGCGCCCAAGCCACCAGUCGCGCGACCGCCACAGUCGCUGGGCGCAGGCAACCGCAGCAAGAGUCGCGAGGCCAGAACGGCCUCACCGUGCCACACCCAGACCACGGGUCGCGAGUCGCUGCGGCGGCCACGCAAGACCUCCUCCUCUACCCCCACCAGCUUCUCCUCCACCGGCUCCUCCCACUCCACACCCCGCUCCCUCAAGAAGCCCCCCUCCUCCUCGAGCAGAGUGCCUCCUCCUGCUGCUGUUGCCGACCAGGGCGAACACAAGAAAACGACGACGUCGGCGGUUGUAAAGGAACCGGAGAGAUUAGAAAAGACUGAAGAGUUUGUGGAUUCUCUGGACAAUGGUCAGCAGGAGUCCUCAAACUGCAACAAUUGCACGUUCCUAGGCAACCAAGAGCUGGAUCGGUCGAUGAGUUCGGUGGCGCAAUCUCGCGGCUGGCUCGUCAACUCUCCGCGACCUCGCCACUUCUUCGACAGUCUGUCAGCUGACAGGGAGGCCAUGGCUGAGUCGGACUCCUUGGAGCCUUCCUGCUCCGAUCUUGUGUAGUAGCAAAUUAGUCAAGUGCAGCUCUCACUUUAAUCGAAAAACACUGUCAAUAAAAAGUGUUGAUCCAUCUUCUUUGAUGUGGUUUUACAUAUCAUCGAUGAUUUUUUAUGAGCUCAAAUAGUGAUUACAAUGUGUAGGUCGAAAUUGCUGUUUUCAAUACGGAUCUCUUUCGAAUUAUCGUAAUAUUAUCUUUUACUAGCACUAGAGUGUAUAUCUUCUAGGAACAUUCUGCGUUGAAAUUUGGAAGUUAGCGUAUUUACUCCAUUUAUUGACAAAGAUUGAUUAUUGUUAUCAUCCAAUUAUAACUGGUUUUCUGAGAAGGACGCAACUAAAUGCAGCUAAGUUAUAGAUUGAUUAUUGUUAUCAUCCAAAUAUAACUGGUUUUCUGAGAAGGACGCAACUAAAUGCAGCUAAGUUAUAACCAAAAUUAAUAUAUAUCCAGUAGAUUAUUCCUCACCCCCAUUUUUUCUGUAUUUUUCGUAUGCACUUGCAUGCUUUUCUAUUUAAAAGCUACUUCUAUAAGAUUUUAUAAUCUUUUUUUUUACUUUCAAAGUAAAGAAAUUCUACUCUAGUUUCAUCAUUGUGGAAAAAUUUUAAGCCGAAAGUUGAUAACCAACUAUGUGGUUAAAAUAUACUAGUGCUAAUCAAGUAGCUCAUUGUCAUGGAGAAGAAUAUUAUUGAAUUAUAAUCACUGUAUUUCACAUAUAAAUCUCUCUAAGACAGACAAUUGUCACAAUGAAUGUCCGAGGUUGCGUUCUUUCAGGACUACUAGACUCACAUUUAAUUGCUCACAUACUAAUAAAUAUAUACUAUGCAUUAUUCUUACUGUAUUAAACUUAGUUACAUAGUAGUAAUGUAUCUGCAACUAUUCAUGUAAAUCCAUGAUCAUUAUUUGUAGAAUUAAACCAUAGACGCAAUCCUAUAUGAUUAUUAUACGAUUAAAAUUAUGCAGCUCAUACUUUCUGGUUCGUAUCAUAAAUGUACUUGUAUAAUUUUAUACAUUAUUUAUUCCCCCUUCAUAAUUCUUGAAUUUAUAGUAAUAUAUUCGUUACUGUGGUAUCAAGUAAGUUUGUAGAGGACAUGAUCACUGAUCAUCAAGGAGAUUUUCAUUCUAAAUGGAAUCUAGAUAUAACUAAUCUUCAUACUAAACUUAUUUAUCUUUAGCAAACUGUUUAGAACUCUUAUCAUUGUUAUGUUAACGUAGCCAUUGUAAAUCUCUAUUACAAUUUCUCUUAUUAUGAGAAUGAUGAUUUCAUAGUUGACCUUGGAAAAUUAUUUAAUUGAUGAUGUUGAUUGACAAAUUUUAUAAGGGGUUGAAAAUGCAUGCACCAAUGUUAGCCAAAGCCUUUUUUUGUCUGCCAAAUAUCACAAUCAUUUUAAUCGAAAAUCAUUCUAAUGCUACUUUUAAAUUAAAUCGAGAACCACCUCCUGAUAAUAGUAGUCAUGUCGUUGAUGUUUAUUUUCUUUAACAAUCUAUCUUUCAGCUAUUAAUUCAAGGUCUCUGUACUAGAUUUCUCCAGUAUUGAUACAUCUAUUAGAUUUCUCCAGAAUUGAUUAAUCUACUAUUCAUUCUUUGAAAAUCAAUCGAUUGAGUAUUUUGAAUAUGAUGGCUUAAUAUUCUAUAAUGGAUAAUUCCAGUAUCUCUUCGUUUAAAAAGUAUUAUCAAAGUUUUGUAUGGUCGCCGAAAUGUUUUCACACUGUUUCAACGCUUUUUAUAUAGUAUAUACUGUCAGCUUUUGCUCCUAAAAAUCAACAUUCGUACCUGCUUAUUAUUGCAUACUGUCUGUAAAUAAAUACUAGAAAAUUUUGUUGUAACUAAUUACUGAAAAUUUAUGAAAUAGUAAUCCAAUGUCUGGCAGGUAUCAUUUUAGUUGUGUAAUGAUAUUUAUUCCUAUUUAAGAUGUUUCACCUUCUUUUUUUACUCCUAUGGUUCUAAACGUGUAGGUUUAGUUUAUCGUUUACAAAAUGUUUUGAGCAUACAUAAUGUAUUAUAUUCUUAGAUGUUUACUCACUAGUAAACGUUCUAGAGUUGAUUAUAAAUAUGGAUUUUAAUAUACAUGAAUAUCUACUUUUAAUAAAAGGCUCCGAAUAUUUCAUUCUGCUGAACAUUAUCGGAUUCAUCUCAAUAUAUAAUCAUGAUUCAUAUUGUUAUAUUUACUUUCUAGACAUCAAUUAUUUUUCAUAUCUCAAUCCUCAUUCCUGGUUCGAUAAUCCAAUACAACUGUGAACUAAAGGAAACUAAUUAUCGGUAAAAAUAGCCUGAUUGGAUAUGAAAUAAUAAUAAAUAUUGAUGAUUAUCAAUUUUCGAAACCGGUGUACUGUACUAUAAUAUAGGGACUAGUAUGUACUGAACACAUCCAAUUCUGUAGUAGCCUAUUGUGUAUUCAUAAGAUUGAACUUCUUAAAAAUCAGGAUUAAUAAUAGUAUGUUGCUUUUAUAUUAAAAAUAGAGUUUCUACAUAUUCUGUGAAAUAUUGCUCUCCAAAAAAGUGCCUACUUUAAAUCAAAUGUAAAUCGAUAGUUUCAAUUUAAGUGCAAAAAUCUACUUUGAUCUUGUUUUUAGCAUGUUUUUUUAUUUGUUUGUGAUGCUUUAUCAUUUAAUAUCUUCUCUUUAAGGAAUUGCUGGAUGACACAGUGUGCUAUGUAAGAUGACAUACUGUAUCUACUAUAUUGAAUUCAGUAUCUAAUAGUGGGUGCCAUAACCGUUUUCAGAUAUUUUUUCUAAUUAAUUUACUAGGCUUUAUUAAUUAUGUAAUUUUUCCUCAAUGUUCCUCAAAAGCAUUCUUCUUGAGCAACAUUUUAUUUUGAAAAUGUUUCGUGUAUUUAUAAAUUACUAAAAAUUAAUUCCUCAAUAAUUAAAUGCAUGGAUAUUAAAUCGGAAAAUAUAACUUUUUUUAAAUGAGGCAUACGUAAUCAGCUUUGAAUUUCAUCAUAUAAUAUAAACUUCAUUCGUGAAUAUUUUUUAUGCCAAGUCUAGCAUUUUAGCUAUCUUAAAAGUUUUAUGAAUUCAUUUUUCUUUUCAUAUCCAUCUUUGAAAAGUUUGAAAUACACUUAUAUUGAAACAUCUUAUUAAUAGACGAACUUAAUUUUUCUAAAACAAUGUUAAGAAACUGCAAUAUUUUAUAGAAGUGAUUUAAUACUUAGUACAGAUUUAAGAUUGAACGUUAUUAGAAUUUAUGUUCUGAAGAUGUGUCAUCUACUUGCGUAGAAAAUUAUUACUUGUUCAAUCAAUAUAAGAACAUUUUUAUAAACUAAUAUUAUUGUUAGAAUUAAAUAAAAAUGUACUAGCUCGUGAUAUGCGAUUCCUUUUCAAGUGGAAACGAAGAUUGUUGUUUGAUAAGAAUGCAUGUAUGUGAGAAACCAAAUUGCAUGAAAGUAUAAUAUUAUUAGAUGCAUUACUAUCAUUUAAUUUUUAUAAAGUGAAUUGAUUAUGUGUACAUAUUAUAUUAUGUCGGUAAAAAUCACAAAGGCUGUUUCGUUUUAUCUUGUAAAUUUAGUGUAACUAGAUUUCUAUGAAUAUAAAAGUGUUUUGUGAAUAAGAUUAUGGAUUUUAAACAGAAUAAUGAUGCUAGUGUAAAGUUAGAUACUUUAUAAAAUUAAACUGUAGUAGAAAAAAUCGUUUUAUCGUAAUGAAGAUUAUACAUUUUGUUUUGAA